AAGUUUCCAGUUGCAGUCUGGCCUACAGCCCAGCUGGCCUGGCCCCGCCUCUUUGGUUCCUCCUUCUAGGGAAGGGCUGGGGAGGAGGGUUUGGUGACACGGUGGAGGCACCGCCCAGGGCCAGGGGGCCUGCCCUCCGGACAGGUCCGGAUCCAUGGAGCCCCCCGGGAGGAGUAGCAGGUCCACAGCGUCUCAUACUCUACACCAGUAUUGCUGUCCUACUCAGGUCCUUGACUCCAUGAAGCUUACCCCCUCAGGCAGGCUGGCAGAGAGCAGUGUGGAGGGUGAUGCCCCAGGCAGUGACCUGAGCACAGCGGUUGAUAGUCCUGGGAGCCAACCCCCCUACCGGCUGAGCCAGCUGCCCUCCAGCAGCAGCCAUAUGGGGGGUCCCCCUGCUGGGGUGGGCCUUCCCUGGGCUCAGCGGGCUCGCCUCCAGCCAGCCAGUGUGGCCUUGAGGAAGCAGGAGGAGGAGGAGAUAAAGCGCUCCAAGGCCCUGUCGGACAGCUACGAACUCUCCACGGACCUGCAGGACAAGAAGGUGGAAAUGCUGGAGAGGAAGUACGGGGGCUCCUUCUUGAGCCGUAGGGCUGCCAGGACCAUCCAGACAGCCUUCCGCCAGUACCGCAUGAACAAGAACUUUGAGCGGCUCCGCAGCUCAGCUUCGGAAAGCCGCAUGUCCAGACGGAUCAUCCUUUCCAACAUGCGGAUGCAGUUCUCCUUUGAGGAGUACGAGAAGGCCCAGAACCCCGCGUACUUCGAGGGCAAGCCUGCCUCGCUGGACGAGGGUGCCAUGGCUGGUGCCCGGAGCCACCUGCUUGAACGGGGCCUCCCAUAUGCAGGCUCCUGUGGAGGGGGCAUCGAUGGUGGGGGAAGCUCAGUCACCACAUCAGGAGAGUUUUCCAAUGACAUCACAGAGCUGGAGGACUCCUUCUCCAAACAGGUAAAGUCUCUGGCUGAAUCCAUUGAUGAGGCCCUGAACUGCCACCCAUCAGGGCCCAUGUCUGAGGAGACAGGGUCAGCCCAGCUGGAGAAGCGAGAGUCGAAGGAACAGCAAGAGGACAGCUCAGCCACAUCCUUCAGUGACCUUCCCCUCUACUUGGAUGACCCAAUUCCCCCACCAUCCCCUGAACGACUGCCCAGCGCAGAGCCCCCACCCCAGAGCCGGCCUGAGUUCUGGGCACCAGCCCCUCUCCCGCCAGUUCCUCCACCAGGGCCACCAGGGACCCGGGAAGAUGGGAGCCGUGAGGAAGGCCCUCGAAGGGGGCCUGGGUGCUCGGAGUGUCGGGAUUUCCGGCUGCGGGCCGCUCACCUUCCCCUGCUCACCAUUGAGCCUCCUAGUGACAGCUCUGUGGACCUGAGUGACCGCUCAGAUCGCGGCUCUGUCCACCGCCAGCUGGUGUAUGAGGCCGAUGGCUGCAGCCCCCAUGGGACCCUAAAGCACAAAGGGCCACCAGGCAGGGCCCCAAUCCUACACCGCCACUACCCAGCCCCAGAGGGCCCAGCCCCAGCCCCACCAGGGCCCCUGCCACCAGCCCCCAACAGUGGCACUGGGCCCAGUGGUGUGGCUGGGGCUCGGAGGCUGGGGAAGUGCGAGGCGGCAGGCGAGAACUCUGAUGGUGGCGAUAAUGAGAGCCUGGAGAGCUCCAGCAAUUCCAAUGAGACCAUCAACUGCAGCUCUGGCUCCUCUUCGAGGGACAGCCUGAGGGAGCCUCCAGCCACCAGCCUGUGCAAGCAGACUUACCAGAGAGAGACAAGGCACAGCUGGGACUCGCCAGCCUUCAACAAUGACGUGGUGCAGAGGCGGCAUUACAGAAUCGGCCUCAACCUCUUCAAUAAGAAGCCAGAGAAGGGCAUCCAGUAUCUGAUUGAGCGGGGCUUCCUGUCAGACACACCGGUGGGAGUGGCUCAUUUCAUCCUGGAACGGAAAGGCCUCAGCCGGCAGAUGAUAGGGGAAUUCCUAGGGAACCGGCAGAAGCAGUUCAACAGAGACGUAUUGGACUGUGUGGUGGAUGAGAUGGACUUCUCCUCCAUGGAUUUGGAUGAUGCACUCCGGAAGUUCCAAUCCCAUAUCCGGGUUCAGGGUGAGGCCCAGAAAGUGGAGCGACUCAUCGAAGCCUUCAGCCAGCGGUACUGUGUGUGUAACCCAGCCCUCGUGCGCCAGUUCCGGAACCCAGACACCAUCUUCAUCCUCGCUUUUGCCAUCAUCCUCCUCAACACUGACAUGUACAGUCCUAGCGUCAAGGCUGAACGCAAGAUGAAACUAGAUGACUUCAUCAAGAACCUGAGAGGGGUUGACAAUGGUGAAGACAUCCCUCGAGACCUCCUGGUGGGUAUCUACCAGCGAAUCCAGGGGCGUGAACUUCGGACCAAUGAUGAUCAUGUGUCCCAAGUGCAGGCUGUGGAGCGCAUGAUUGUGGGCAAGAAGCCAGUACUGUCUCUUCCUCACCGUCGACUGGUUUGCUGCUGCCAGCUCUAUGAGGUGCCAGAUCCAAACCGCCCCCAGAGGCUAGGGUUGCAUCAGCGGGAGGUCUUCCUCUUCAAUGACCUCCUUGUGGUCACCAAAAUUUUCCAGAAGAAGAAGAUCUUGGUGACGUACAGCUUCCGUCAGUCUUUUCCCCUCGUGGAAAUGCACAUGCAGCUCUUCCAGAAUUCAUAUUACCAGUUUGGAAUCAAGUUGCUGUCUGCAGUACCUGGUGGGGAGCGGAAAGUCCUCAUCAUUUUCAACGCCCCCAGCCUCCAGGAUAGGCUGCGCUUUACGUCUGACCUGCGCGAGUCCAUCGCUGAGGUGCAGGAGAUGGAGAAAUACCGCGUGGAGUCGGAACUAGAGAAGCAGAAAGGUAUGAUGCGGCCUAAUGCUUCACAGCCCGGCGGGGCCAAGGACUCAGUGAAUGGCACGCUGGCCCGCAGCAGCCUGGAGGACACCUAUGGCGCAGGCGAUGGGCUCAAGCGGGGCGCACUCAGCAGUUCCCUGCGAGACCUGUCAGAUGCAGGGAAGCGGGGGCGGCGUAACAGCGUGGGAUCGCUGGACAGCACCAUCGAAGGGUCCGUUAUUAGCAGUCCGCGCCCUCACCAGAGGAUGCCACCUCCGCCCCCACCCCCGCCGCCAGAGGAGUACAAGAGCCAGAGGCCCGUCUCCAACUCCUCAUCCUUCCUGGGCUCCCUAUUUGGAAGCAAGCGGGGCAAGGGGCCCUUCCAGAUGCCACCGCCGCCAACAGGCCAGGCCUCUGCCUCCUCUUCAUCUGCUUCUUCCACCCACCACCACCACCACCACCAUCACCAUGGUCACAGCCACGGGAACCUGGGGGUGCUGCCCGAUGGGCAGUCCAAGCUCCAGGCCCUGCAUGCCCAGUAUUGCCAAGGACCAGGCCCCGCCCCGCCGCCCUACCUUCCACCCCAGCAGCCACACGCUGGGCCGGCCAGGCAGAGCUCCCAGACGGGGCCCUGGAGGACACCCUCAGUUCGCUCCACACGGCCGCCACCCCCUGCACCAGCCCACGUCCCCAUUGCCCCUGUACAGUCCUGCUCCCCAGCACCCUCCAGCUCACAAGCAGGGCCCCAAGCACUUCAUCUUCAGCCACCACCCACAGAUGAUGCCAGCAGCAGGGGCCUCUGGGGGCCCAGGAUCCCGGCAACCAGGGGGCUCCUACUCCCACCCGCACCACCCGCAGUCGCCAUUGUCACCACAUUCGCCCAUCUUUUUUACCCACCCCUGCCCCCUCCUUCCCCCCACACCCCGCACUCACCCCUGCCACCCACCUCACCCCAUGGCCCCCUGCACGCCUCUGGGCCCCCUGGCACGGCCAACCAACCCUCUGCAAACCCUAAGGCCAAACCAAGUCGGAUCAGCACCGUGGUCUGAUGCAUGGAGAGAGGGAGCUGGGGCCCAGGGAGGUCUGGGGAAAUCCACAGGAGAGGGGCCUUGCACCCUCUCUGCUUCCCCAGUUUUUCCAAAAUACACACACACAGAAGUGUCCUCCUCCCCACUUCCUCCCUGCCUUGGGACCCCUCCUCUAACCCCCAAUGGUUGCCAUGGGGUUUCCUUCCAGAUUCGAGGAUCUUUGCCACUUGAAGCCUGGGCAUGGCUCGAGCUCUGGGGAGUGUUGAGGACCUUUUGGAGAUCCUCAUACUCCUCCUCUCCUCAUCCUCCCUCCUCCCCCAGGUCUAGCUGGGUGACCUCAGACCUCCCCGCCAGUGUGAGCUUCCUGGCUGGUAGGGAGGGCCAGAUGUCAGGGGCUCGGGGGGAGCUCCGUAGAGUUGUGGCCAAACCUUAGUGCUCGGCCCUCUCUCUGACCUCAGGGCCUGGCUCCACAUUUCCAUGUGACUCCGACUGCCCUACGGGAGGACAUGGACUGUCCCUGUCCGCACACUAGGUGGAUGGGCCCCCACUUAUGCUGCCCCCCCCCAACGGGGCAGUGCUUCCUCUCCAGAGCCAGUCUGUGCCCCAGCCCAGACUCUCAGCUUCAGGACCUUGCCUCUUCUUGCAACGUUCUUAUCCUGAUCAAAGUCCAGACAGGUUGGGCGGGGGGCUCAGGUCUGGGAUGAGAAGGGCACUGCCCUCCCUCACCCAUAUUGCAUGCCCCCCCAUCCCUUACACCUCUCCCACCUACAACCGAAGACAGUGCACUUUACAGAUAUGACCCACACACCUCGCUGGGACAGAGCGCCCAGCAUCAGCCCUGGGGAGAGGCUCCCAGAGAGCCACCAUGAGCCCAAGAUGUCCUUCCUGAGGCAGAGAUGGAAGCCAUCAGAGUGGGGGCUGGGAGCCAGGAUGCCCAAGUCCUGUUCAUCAAAAUCCUCUGCUGCCUCUUCAGCCCCUUUCCAGCCCUGUUUAUUUAUUAUAAAUAUAUUUUUUACAAACUCCAGCUCCUCUUCUUGCCCUGCAGAUCCAGCUCCUUUCACAGCCCCUCCUACCCUCCCACCCCCCUCUCCACCAUGGGCUGCAGUGGACAAACAGGCCUGGCUGGCUGAAGGGCCAGGGACCGUGGAGCCUGGGGGCAGGGGAGGGCAGCAGCGGGAGGGGCUGUAUGGAGAGGAGCUGGGGUUUAGGCAUUGUCUUUUUUCCUCCUUGUAUAUAAGAAUGUAUAUUUGAUGCCUCAUAAAAGACCUUGUGCUCACC